CUGACAGCCAUUCUGCAGCACCUCAAUGUGCAAGAUGAGAGGAUGGCUAGCCUUACCUCUGAGCUCGGCGAGCUCCAAGCAUCUCAGGAGCGGCUGAUGGAGCGACAGCGGGAGGACCAAGCCAUGCUCACGGCACAGCUGUCAGCGCAGGAGCACCAUCUUGCUGAGCUGGACGAACGCACCCGAGCUGCCAAAGAUCUAGCGCAAGAGGCAUUGCGUGGUGAUACCUUGAGACAGGGAGCGCGGCGGCCUCGCAUCUUGGGCUUAGGUAGCCCCAUGCGACGUCUUCCAGAAGAGGCCGAGGAGGAGGAUGCUGCAGGUGAAUCACGAAAGCAGGUCACUGGAGGUGCCUCGGUUCCUUUGUC